AAACAUGUUAUUUGAAUUUAUUAUUUUCUAUUAAGUUUUUCACGUGAAAAAUGGCACGAAGAGGUAAAUUGAAAUACAAAGAUGUUGUUAAGAACCCAUACGAUGGUCAGAAGAAAAAUGCGAAGAAAUUCAAACCUCCCAAGAAAACGUACAGCUUAUUUUCAAACAAGCAAGGCAAAAAUAAUCCUCGCAAAAGAAAAUUUGCUCCUCAAAAAUCGUAUGAACCUCAAGCAAAAGAGCCAAAAGUAGAGAGCAAUGCUUUACGAGAAGAGGAAUCUUCCUCCGAAGAAGAAGCAGCAGACGUGGACAAUCUAUUGAGCACUUUUAAGAAAUCUGAUAAAAUCAAAAAUAUUGCCAUUGAAAGCAGUAGUGAUAGUGAAUUAGAUGAAGAAAACGGUGCUGAUGAAAACGAUUUAGGUGAGGAGUUAACUGAAGGUGAAAAUGAAGAAAGUGGUAGCGAAGAUGAAGAUACUGGUAAUCAGGAUGACAAUGACAUUGAGAUUCACGUAGCAUUAGAAAACGAAGAAGUUGGCGAUUUAAAAGAAAUUAACAGUAGUACAGAUCCUUUUAAUCAACACAUUUCUUACGAUCUGCACGAUUCAAUGCUGGAUUCGUUGCAAAGCUCGCCGGUCAAUACAAAUAAUUUUGAGGAAUCGUGGCCUCAGCUGGGUAAUUUAAUAAUUCAAAUUCCAAAGUGUGAAAUUAUUGAAGAAAAAUCUGACCAUUUCACCAUCUCCGAGAAAAAAACUUACGCAUUACAAGGAGCAAUACCUAAACAAAUAAAAUUGGUAAACUUCGAAAAUUUGCACAUUAAAUCGCAAAUUACAAAUAACCUACUAAGAGCGAAUAAAAGUGUAACCGGCAACGAACAUUUUACAACGUUACAAGAAGAAAUAUUCUCCAUUAUAAAUAACUAUCAGGAUUUAUACUAUCCCGAAAGGACUUUUACGAAUUCUGAAGAAAUCAGAUACACAUAUUGUUUACAUGCCGUGAAUCAUGUUUUAAAAACGAAGUUAAAAGUAAUCCACCAUAAUGCUAGACUUACAAAAAAAGAUGAUGUACCUGAAGAAUUUAGGGAUCAGGGCCUCGUGAGGCCUAAAGUUUUAAUAAUUUUGCCAUUCAAAGAUUCCGCUUACAAAACAAUACAAAUUAUAAUAGACCUAAUAUUAGCAGAAGAUAAUGGAAAUGUUAUGAAUAAAAAACGUUUCCUUGACGACUACACUGGCAACGAGUUAUUUAUUUCAAAGAAAAAUCCCAAACCGGAGGAUUAUGAGCAAAUUUUCCAAGGCAACACUAGCGACGACUUUAAAAUCGGAAUAACAGUAACCAAAAAGAGUAUAAAAUUAUUUGCAGAAUUUUAUGCUUCUGAUAUUAUAAUCGCUUCCCCGCUUGGGCUGAGAACUGUACUAGGCGCAGAAGGGGAACCCGAAAGAGAUUACGAUUUCCUCGCUUCCAUUGAAUUACUCGUAAUGGACCAAUCGGAGAUAUUUCUAAUGCAAAACUGGGACCACGUUAUGCACAUUUUCAAUCAUUUGCAUAUGCAGCCAAAAAAUUCGCACGGUACAGACUUCUCAAGAGUAAGAACGUGGAGUUUGAACGGCUGGUCAAAAUACUACAGGCAAACGUUGUUGUUUUCAUCGGUAAAUUUUCCGGAAAUCAACGCGAUUUUCAACAAGAAAUGCCAGAAUUUCGCCGGGAAAAUCAAAGUAGUCAAUCCGAUCAGGCACAGUCGUAUCAGCCAGGUGGUGGUUCAAGUACCGCACGUGUUCCACAAAUUUAAUUGCAAAAAUGCCAUCGAUGCCAUCGACAUGCGAUUCGAUUUUUUCAUUAACAAAAUUUUACCCCAGCAAAAGGAGCCUCUGAUGAAGCAAACGCUGGUGUUCGUUCAGAGUUACUUCGACUUCGUUAGAUUAAGGAACUACUUCAAGAAGGAAGACGUUAGUUUUGUGCAAAUUUGCGAAUAUUCAAAGGAAGGAAAAGUAGCGAGGGCGAGAGACAUGUUUUACCACGGAGACGCGCACUUCCUGCUCUACACCGAACGGUUUCACUUCUUCCACAGGAAGAGGAUAAAAGGUAUACGACACAUUGUUUUCUAUCAGCUUCCGACGUGUCCGCAUUUCUACUACGAAAUGUGCAAUUUGAUGCAAGAGGCCAAUAUGAACAGGAAAAUCGGCAGUUCUUCCAACAUGUCCGUCACAGUUCUCUAUUCCAAGUACGACGUUUAUCAAUUAUCAGCUGUAGUUGGGACGGAAAAGAGCGGACGGAUGAUACAAUCUGAUAGAAAUGUUCACAUGAUGGUAACUGGUAAUGAUUAACUAAGUACAGAAGGUUCGUUUAUGUAUAUAAAAGAAUUAAAAAGGAUAAUUAAAUUCUGUUAGUACUAAC